GUGGAAGUAACAUGAGAAUAAGAAGCCAUAAAAAAUCGUAAACUUGAGAAUCGUGAAUGGAGAUCUCCAAGUACACAUCACAUCUGAAACAUUUCAAUUGUCAUUAAUCCUAUCUUAUACUUAAUAGGAAUACAAAUGCAUCUGCACCAUUCAUUUGAAAUGAUCUACACCGUUGAGAUUUAAUGAUCUGCACUCCUCUUUUCAUUGAUCUGGAACAUUCACUUCAACCUGAUCUGCACCACCGCUUCCCUUUCUUUUUUGAUACACUUAUCAUGGAUCUGGGUAAACCUUCUUUCCUCCUUCCAUCUUUCAUUUCUUGCAUUAUCGCAGAUCUCAUUUCUUGCCUUCUGGAGUUCUCUUUCCAUUUCUUUUUGUCUAUUUUACAUUGCCGACAAGGAUUUCUAUGCCAAAAUGAAACAUCACCGCGACAAUAUCCCCGGAGCCACGAAGAUGUUCGACGCCAAUUUUGGUCAAUCGUUGCCGGAAUGAAACAUCACCAUCACCAAGACGUUCAUUUACAUCCGCAGGAUUUUAUUCGAAUUUAGUUAAUUUCAAAUCAACUUUCUUUAAUUUCAAAUCAACUUGAUUUGUAAUUUCUUCUCAAAUUCUGUUUUACUCUUUUUGACAGUAAGUGUUUCUACUCCGUAGCAUUUACUGAGUUCUAAAACGACCCUAAGUGUUUCUAUUCUUUUUGACAACUAUUCUUGAUCAUUCCUACAAUUCUGUGGAAAUUCUAGAUGGAUUUCUUCUCAAAUUCUGUUUUUUACAAAAAUUCCUUGCCGGAGGAAAGAUUACUGCCACGACACCCUGAAACAUCCGCAAUUUUUUAUACUUAUUUAGUUAAAUUUCGAAUCCAAUUUAAUUAAUUUCAAAUCAAGUUCAAUGGUAAUUUCUUCAGAGCUUCUGUUUUUUUGACAAUGUAUUACCUUCUUUCUAAGUCCAGAACAAAUUUCCCCCACAUGUGAAUAGAUAAAUUCAACCACCUUCAGAAAUGAUUUUUUUUAAUUGAUUUUUAACAUUUUUAUGUUUUAGUAAUAUUCUACUAAAAUUAUGCUAAUUUAGAUAUUUUCAUACAUAUAUAAUAGGAUGAGCUAUAUUAGAUAUUUUUAUGUAUUAGAGUCCCUCAACGUAAGCUAUUCCUAUAUAAUAUGAUGAGCUGCUUAACGUAAGUUUUAUAUAUUUUUAUUUAUCUAAAAAUUUCCCAUUAUUCUCCCCACACUGAUUUUAUAAAUUUAUAUUCUUCUAAACUUAAAAGGAGACCUCCAUACUUAUCUCUCUCUAAAAAAUUAUCUCUCUUUUUAGGGAGGAUUAUUUCUCUUUUAAAUAAUUCCAUCCCUAUUUAGCAUUCAAUUAAUGAUUAGAGUCCCUCAACGUAAGCUAUUCCUAAAUAAUAGGAUGAGCAGCUUAUCUCUCUUUCGAUACUUCUCUCUCUGCUAACUGAUUUUUUAUUUACUUGAAGUGUCCUACACCAACUCUACGUCUAUAGUUUUCCCAUAGCUAUAUAUAAUACCCCUUACUCUAAAUUCAUUAUGUGAGACCCCUUUAGUUCCCAUACCCCUUUAGUUCACAAAACAAUGCCUCCCGUUAAAAAGAUUUUAUCUGACGUGACACUUCAACUCCAACGUCAUGAAGCCUUUUUAUUACGUGUUGUUCGUAAGUGGAUGGUGCCAUAUGAUGAUGCACAAAGGGGCAAUAAAUCCAUGGAAUUGGUUUUAGUUGAUGAGAAGGAAGUUCGCAUUCAAGCAUCUAUAUCCCGUACGGAAAUUCAACUAUUUGAAAGCCAGUUGGAAGAAGGUGGGUUGUAUGCCAUGUGUAAUUUCACUGUCAAGGCGAAUAAUGGAAAGUGGAGACCGGCAUCACACCCUUUCAGGUUACAAUUCCAUGAAGGAACUAAGGGGGGUGUCCACAACAUGGAUUUUAAAUGAUUUUAAAGGAUUGUAGAUUCUAUGGAUUUUAAUGGAAUUCUACAGAUUCAAUGAGAUUCAUAUAGAAUUCUAUGGAAUUCUAUUUGAUGGAAUCAUAUGGAUUUCAUAGAAACUCCUUAGACACCUGGAACACACAGGUCGGUCAUCUUCUCAAUUUUGCAACACUCAACUUUAAUUAUUCGUGGGAGCCUUUCGCCACCCAGAACACCGCCUUUUACGAGUAUUACAAGGUCUGCAGCGGAUGAAGAAUGGGGAGGAAAGUGGCUCUCCGCUGCGGAAGAACGUGAUAGAUAAGUACCGGGUACGUCGGGUUGGUAGGGUGGAUUUCAAAUCCGAGGGGUGAGACAAAGAGAAUGGGUGGAAUUGGAUUAGUGUUAUUUUUCAUACCAAUUCCAUUAAAAUCAGUUGAAAUCUCAGAGAAACAAAUCCAUGAAGUAAUUGAGGACACCCCGAUUUUAAAGGAGUUUUGAAAAUCCAGGUUGAGGACACCGGAUUUUGAUGGAAUUCUAAAUUCCUUUAAAAUCCGUAAGAAUCCAUAUCGGGGACACCCCCCUAAGGUUAAGUGUCAGGAAUUAAAAGACCAUAAGGACUUUCCCCUACACAUUUAUAAUUUUACUUCUUUCAACGAUAUUCACAACUGCCCUGAUGGAAAAAGUACUACAGAUCUCAUUGAUGUAAUUGGUGUGUACAAUCCCCUCGACAAAUUCAGUAAGCAUUAUACCGAUUCAGGAUCAACAUACACUAACUUUUAUAUUCGGGACAUCGAGAAUAAAAGUCUCUUUUGUACUUUAUGGAAUGUGUAUGUGGACCAGUUUGAGACGUAUUUAUCUCAACCGGGAACAAAUCCAGUUGUUAUCUUGCUACAGAUGUGCCGUAUUAAUCCAAAAUAUGGUUAAUUACAUGCAUCUAUUUCUUAUCAUUGAGACAUUAUUUUUAUUUUUAUAGUUUUUAGUUGAUAAAAACAUAUGCAAAUAUAUGACUGUUUUAGGCAGAUGUUCCUCAAACGGUGUAGCUACAUCUUACCAUGUGACAAAACUUCUUCUUGAUGCACAUGUCCCAGACAUAGAAGACUUUCGCCUUAGGUAUCUGGAAACCACACGUAACACUUCUCAAGCAAUAAGUCACAGUUCCUCUUUUGGUCCAGUAACCGUUGGUAACGGUACAGAAAUUGGCUUCACAAUGCCAUUGUCUGAAUUGGAGAAAGCAGUCGAGGUUCGUGGUUGUUGGUUCUAUGGUCAAAUAAGUUCCAUAACAAGCUAUUUCACAUGGGCUUAUCUUGGUUGUAAAAUGACCAAAUGUUAUAAAAAAUUGAGCAAGGCUGGGAAUGGAGAAUUAGUAUGCGACAAGUGUGGGAUUCAAGUUGCUGAUGGAGAGGGUGUUUGGAGAUACAAUUUAAGACUCAAGGCUAACCAUAACAAUAAUUCUGCAAAUUUGGUUUUCUGGGAUGCUGUGAGCAAUCGUUUGAUUGGAAAAUCUGCUGGAGAUUUCCCCAGUCACUAUUAUGACAUGGAGAGGCUAUCACCUUUAGGCUGCCCAGAUGAAAUAAAAGAUUUGGUAGGUCGUGAGUUUGUCUUUAAAGUUGACCGUCAAUCUGGCUCCCCUUUAAACGGAAAGAGUUAUUCAAUUGGUAUGGUCUCAACCGAUCAAGAUAAAAUUGAGGAGCUUAAGUCUGUUGGAGCCAAUCAGUCUGGGAGACAGGACUAUAACUCUGAUGAGGAUCUUGAUUUACUUUUUUCUUCUCCAGUCACAGUUGAAUCUAAUAUAAGUUUGAAGAUGAAGAAAUGUUUGAUGACUCAAUUGAUGUUGACUUGGGUGAAUUUGAAAAUAAUGAUGACAAUGCUGAAUACUUGUGUUUUCAAACACAAGCAUAUGUGGAUCUUGGAGAUGCUACUCAUGAGUGCGAGUAUUGUGGAGCCUUAUUCUGGUAUGCUGAAAGGGUAAAGAGACAUUCUGUCAAGCAACGCCCAAAGUUUUCAAUGUGUUGCAAUCAAGGAAAUGUUGUUCUCCCUAACAUGCAGCAGCCCCCUAAAAUUUUAAAUGACCUCAUUUUUCGCUCUGAGCAUCGAAGUAAGCACUUUCUGGAUAACAUUCGUUCUUACAAUUCUAUGUUUUCGUUCACUUCGAUGGGUGGGAGAACGGAUAGAGAUAUAAAUAGGGGUGGAACACCUCCAAUAUUCAGAUUGAAUGGUCAAAAUUACCACAAGAUCGGUAGUCUUAUACCAAAUGAAGGACAACGUCCCAAAUUCUUACAGAUGUAUUUGACUGAUCCAGAAGAAGAGGUUGCAUCUAGAAUCUCAUCUAUGAGGACCUCCGGUGGAACAGCAUUACAUGAUACAUUAGUAUCCGAUUUGCGAGAUAUGUUGGAUGCGUACAAUGUUCACGCACAGUCAUUUAGGAUGGCCCGUGAUAGGUUUAAUGAGACUAACUCUAUCUCUUUGAAGAUGAAGCUUAUUGGUAAAAGGAAUUCAGAUGGACGUACUUACAAUACCCCUACCGCUCGUGAGGUAGCUGCACUUAUAGAGGGGGACUUUAGUUUGAAUCGAAAAGAGAGAGAUGUUGUUCUUCAGAAGAAAUCAGGAAAGUUUCAAAUUAUAUCAGAACUGAAUCCUUCUUUUCUAGGAUUACAAUAUCCGUUACUCUUCCCCUAUGGUCAAGAUGGUUUUAGAGAGGAUGUUAACCUGACACGUGCAUCUCAAGCUACCACAAGAGGAAGAAAACAUGUUACAAUGAAAGAGUUCUUCUCAUACAGGUUGCAAGAAAGGAAGAGUGAGUCCCCUUACAUAUUGAGAUCGAAGAGAUUAUUCCAGCAAUUUAUCGUUGAUGGAUAUACCAUGAUUGAGUCAUGUCGCUUGGCAUAUAUUAGACUACAUCAAUAGGACUUGCGAAGUGAACUAUAUACGGGAUUGGCUGAUGCUGUCGGUCGUGGUGAAACUGACGGAUCCAGAUUGGGACAACUCAUUGUACUUCCUAACUCAUUCACGGGAAGUGCACGUUACAUGAUUCAAAAUUACCAGGAUGCGAUGAGCAUCUGCAGGUGGACAGGAUACCCACAACUCUUCAUCACGUUUACAUGUAACCCAAAGUGGCCUGAGAUUGUUCGCUACGUCGAGUGUAGAGGACUUGCUCCGGAUGAUCGUCCAGAUAUCAUUUGUAGAAUCUUCAAGAUCAAACUUGAAAUGCUCAUAAAAGACUUGAAAGAAAAUAGACUAUUCGGUGAAGUUAAAGCAGUUGUAUACACUGUGGAGUUUCAGAAACGUGGAUUGCCACAUGCUCAUAUUGUGUUAUGGUUGACGCGAAAGGACACAACUAUAUUGGCAUCAGACAUUGACAGCAUCAUCUCAGCUGAAAUUCCGGAUGAGAAAAAUGACCAUGAUUAUUAUGUUGCUGUCAAAGAGUUAAUGGUGCACGGGCCUUGUGGGGUUCUGAACAAAUCUUCGCCGUGUAUGGAGAAUGGUCACUGCACGAAACACUUUCCGAAGAAAUUUGUGAGACGUACUACAAUUGAUGGAAGUGGAUUUCCCAUUUACAGAAGAAGAGACAAUGGAAGGAGUGUAAUGAAGAAUGAGACUCUUCUUGACAAUAGAUUUGUCAUCCCUCAUAACCGUACAUUACUGCUCAAGUAUGGGGCUCACAUUAAUGUUGAGUGGUGUAAUCAAACCCGGGCAGUGAAAUACCUCUUCAAGUACAUUAAUAAGGGUAAUGAUCGGAUCACAGUAGCAUUCUCUGAGGCAUCCGACAAUCGUAAGGCAGAAAAGGUUGAUGAGAUCAAAAUGUAUUACGAUUGUAGAUAUAUCUCUGCAUGUGAAGCGGCUUGGAGAAUCUUUGGAUUUCACAUUCAUUAUAGGGACGUCGCAGUUGAACGUCUAAGCUUUCAUCUCCCUGGGCAACAUAGUGUGUACUAUAAUCCUAAAGAGUCUGUCAGUUCUGUUCUUAGACGUCCUACUAUCCACACUACUAAGUUUCUAGCUUGGAUGCAUGCAAACAGUGUGUAUCCUCAAGCUAGGAGCUUGACUUAUGCUGAAUUUCCUACCAAGUUCAUGUGGAAAACCAAAACAAGAGAGUGGGUACCAAGACAAAGAAGCACCGCAAUUGGAAGACUAUACUUCAUGCGACCUGGAGCCGGAGAGAAAUAUUAUUUAAGGAUGCUCCUUGGUGUCGUGAAGGGGGCCAGGAGUUUUGAAGAACUCAGAACAGUUGAUGGAGUCAUACACUCGACGUUCAGAGAAGCUUGCUCUGCACGUAGUAUGUUAAAUGACGAUAAAGACUAUAUAGAUGGACUUAUAGAACAAAGUCAUUGGGCAACAGCGCAUGAACUUCGCGUCACAUUUGUUCAUCUUUUACUACAAGAGUCAUUAUCUAUGCCCAGUAUGGUUUGGGAGAAGUGUUGGCCAUAUCUAUCUGAUGAUAUACUCUACACUAUUAGGAAGAAUCUCAAUGAUCAAGAACUGCAGCUUGAUGAGAAGCAAAUUAAGAAUUAUUGUUUGUUGGAAGUUGAAAAACUUCUACAACAUCGUGGAAAGUCUCUAUUCUACUAUGACGGAAUGCCUCGAGUGACGGAUCUUGACAUUCCCUCUCUGGAUGAUGUUUUGAUACACGAGGAAUUGAGAUAUGACAGACUUGCUUUGGCGGAGGAACAUGCUAAAUUAAUUUCCGCCUUGACGGAGGAUCAAAGGCGUGUUUAUGAGACAAUAGUGAGUUCUGUAGAGGCCAACCGUGGCGGUGUGUUCUUCUUAUAUGGGCACGGCGGUACAGGGAAAACAUAUCUGUGGAAGACCUUAUCAACAUAUAUAAGGCAUCAAGGAAAUAUUGUGUUGAACGUAGCUUCAAGUGCGAUCGCAUCAUUGCUCCUUCCAGGUGGAAGAACGGCACAUUCCAGGUUUAAAAUCCCACUCACAGCAGCAGAAGAUUCAACUUGCAACAUAAAGCCAGGAAGUGCACUUGCGAAGCUAAUUCAAAUGACGAAAUUGAUUAUUUGGGACGAGGCACCCAUGAUUAAUAAGUACUGCUAUGAAGCUCUUGAUCGAACCAUGCGGGAUAUUCUUCGACAUUCAUACGGUUGUGAUGGGAGCAAACCUUUUGGUGGAAAGACAAUUGUCUUUGGCGGAGACUUUAGACAGAUUUUACCGGUAAUUCCAAAGGGUAGCAGGCAAGAAAUUGUGCCGGCGACUUUAAACUCAUCCUUCAUUUGGCCCUUUUGCAAGGUACUAAGGCUAACGAAGAACAUGAGAGUGCGAAGUGGAUCAGACGAUGUUAACUCUGCAUACAUAAAAAGGUUCAUUGAUUGGAUUUUAAAGAUAGGGGACGGAGUUCUAGGUGACAAUGAGGAUGGAGAAUCAUAUAUUGACAUACCUGAAGAAUUCCUCGUGCCUUGGAUUUCUGAUCCAGUUACUUCUAUUGUCCAGAGUACAUAUCCCAAUUUCUUAGCACAAUGCACAUCACCAUCAUAUUUAAUGUCAAGAGCAAUACUUGCGCCAACACUUGACGAGGUGGACAAGGUUAAUGAUUACAUGCUCGCACAACUACCAUCAGAGAUGAAGACAUAUUUCAGCUCCGAUUCUGCAUCAUUAUCUGAUUCUGAUAGUAGUUUGUUGCAAGAGAUCCAUUCUCCAGAAUUCCUUAAUGGAAUCAAAUGUUCCGGAGUACCUAGCCAUGAGCUCAAAUUAAAAGUGGGUGCCCCUGUGAUGCUUAUGAGGAAUCUUGAUCAAUCAUUGGGUUUGUGUAAUGGCACUCGACUUUUAGUGACCCGACUUGGAAAGCAUGUUAUUGAGGCCCAAAUGUUGUCAGGGCCAACUGCCGGCCAAAAACAUUUCAUUCCCCGUCUUACCUCGACUCCUUCUGAUGUCAGACUGCCAUUCACCUUUCAGCGUAGACAAUUCCCUCUGAUGGUUAGUUAUGCUAUGACUAUAAAUAAGAGUCAGGGCCAGUCAUUGGAAAAUAUGGGGAUAUUCUUACGGCGACCUGUUUUCACCCAUGGGCAGCUUUAUGUUGCUGUAUCAAGAGUCACGAGUCCAACUGGUUUGAAGUUUUUGAUAUGUGACGAUAAUGGUAGACCGACAAACUCCACUUUAAAUGUUGUAUACAAAGAGGUCUUUAACAAUUUGUAAUAUUACAUUUUGUCUUGAAUAAAAUUGAGAGCUUUUUAUUUCAAAUCAAAAGACACAUGUUAUGCAUUCAUUU